CACACAGAAAAAGCCCCAUAUUGUUGUUACGGAUGAACUCCUACAGAAACAUUUAUCUUGCUUACAUAAAGAACUGGAACCCAAGGAAAUUGUGGAUAAAAUGUUUGAAGUUGGUGACAUUACGAUCAGAGACCAUGAUGAUGUGACUUUUCCUGAUAGAAAAUACAAACGUGUGAAGGAGCUCCUUGAAAUUUUAAAGAAAAAGGAAUUGUAUUCUAAGUUUGUAUUUGCCCUGGAGUCUUUGAAGUGUAUUCAGGUGCUAGAUACACUAGAAAAGGAUAGAAAAGUGACAAUGGAAUGUUCGGAGUAUGCUUUUUGCAUAACUCAGAACUUCUGUCUUCUCAAAGAGGAACUUCCAGUCACUGAAGAUGCUAGAAUAAUGGUGGAUCAGAUGUAUGGCUUCCUGGACGAAACAAACAUUUCUGACAUUAACUACUUUACCAGUGCAAGACAGAAGACAUCUAAACUGCUGAAAAUACUUUUAAUGAAAGGGAAAUCUGCAUGCAAGGAACUCUUCAGGGUUAUGGAAGUAGAUUUGAAUAGAGAGGACCUGAUAUGCAAAAUGAAGGAAAAGAGUGCUGAAAUGGAAAAAAGAGGAAUUCCUGUAUUGGACCCCAUAUUGAGGAGUCUACAGAUCUCUUGUCUAGAGGAUCAUAAAACUUUUCUGCUUGAAGAACUGGAGCCUCUUGAACUCUGUGACCUUUUGUUUGAGGAGAGUGCAAUAGACAUUCCUGAUCAUGACAGAAUUACAGAGACAAACAAAAUUUCUAAGCAAAUCCAACGUUUCUUGGAAACAGUAAAGAAAAAUGAAAAUAACUGCUUUCAUUUUUUACUGUUUAUUCUGAAAAAAAAAGGAUAUAGUGAAAUUCUUGAGGAGCUUGAUAAGGAUGACUCAGGAGCUAAAGGAGCUGAAACAAAUGCAAAGUUUGAAUGGAGAGUAUCACACAAAUUAAAUACCACAGUAUCUUCAGAAAGUGUACAGAAUAGAUCCAUAAAUGUAAAGCUAACAGUGGAGGGUUCCACAGGAAAGCAGGUAGAACAAGCACUUCAUCAGCAGGUCUUCACAGACACAGGGAUUAUUGAGGAGGCUGCUACAUAUGGACAAAUGAGCAUUGAAGAUAUCUCAACUGGUUCUGUGGUCAUACAGUUAAGGCCGGUCACUGACCAAGCUGUACAGACAUUACUCAAUGCCAGAGAAAACAACAAGCUGGUGGAGCUUAUAUUAGGAAUGAUAAAGAGGAUAAAUGUUCCCAGUGUUAAGGGUACAGAACCGCUGGAGGUCAGGGUACAGGUUUCUUAUUCACACUCAGCAACAGCGAAGCCAGAUAUUUCUAAGGCAGAACUAACCAAGGAGAGAGUGAAAGUUUAUAGGAAUGAGCUGAUCUCUGAGUUAGAACCUGGAGCUCUUAUUUCUUUGUUAUCAAAAUCAGACUGCUUUGCACAGAAUGCAAUGGACUCGAUAAGAAAUGCUCCCACUUCUAAUAAACGUACAGAAAAACUUCUAUCGUUGAUUGAGAAUGGUGAUUUAAAGACUGUAGAGGCUUUUAUUAGUGCAUUAAAGGACAUAGGAUAUUGUGAGAUUUUGGAAUUAAUUGAUCCCAUAGAUAUCCAUAGUAAAGCUGAAAAUGUCAGAAAGAUGAUUACAUCUAACUAUAAAAAUAUCCUGGAUGAAAUGCAGAUUACGUUAGCAAAAGAAACAUUAACUAAGUGUAUCGGAGAUGUUGAUACUAUUCAAAAGAAAAUCUCACCAAGGAAUGGAAAACGCAGGCAAAGAAUGGCCCAUUUCUUACAGUUCAUUCUUGAGGAAGACCACAAUGUAAUUCAGUUUGAGAAAAUGUUAAGAAAUCAUGGAUUAGAAGACUUGCUGAAAAAAAAUGAAAAUGUACAUGGAGAGCAUAUAACCAUCCAGGACAUAGAGAUUAUUAUUGCUGAGGAUCAGGUCCCUUCAUCAGAGGGAGUCCUGUUUGAGUCCCUCCUCACCCUGUCUCCCAAUGAAAACAGUGAGAGUGACAAUGACUAUGAAGGCCUGCAUGAUCCUCCAGUGCGGCAUCAGUUGCAGAAUAUCCUCCGACAGUAUCCGGAUGGACCCCAGAUCAUUAGGGAACUGGUACAGAAUGCUGAAGAUGCUAAAGCCAGUACUUUCAAGGUUAUGACAUGUAUGGAGGAUAAUUUAGGGGAUGGAGACUUUGACCCCAAAUACAAAAAAAUCUUUCAGGGACCAGCUCUAUGUACAUUCAAUGAUGGUGUCUUCACUGAAAAAGAUUGGAAAGGCAUUAAAACAAUUUAUGUCAGCUUGAAAGAAAAAGAUGAUACCUUUAAGAUUGGACGAUUUGGAGUUGGGUUCAAAUCAGUAUUUCAUCUUACAGAUACACCUGUCAUUAUAAGUGGAGAUCGGCUGUUGAUUAUUGACCCAACCAGUACCCCAGAAAGGGUUUGCCACAAUGUCACCUUCAAGAAGCUUACCUCAAGGUACAGAAACACCCUAUGGCCAGUACUGAGGAAGGUCCUCAAUUUGGACAAAGGAGGCAUUUUUGGAUUCAAUACAUCUAAUGUGAAGGAAGAACAUUUUCCAAAUACUUUGUUUUGGUUCCCUUUGAGAAAAGCACCAUCCACCCUCCUGGAAAAGAUUUACCUUCCCUCAAGAAUGAUGGAACUGAUAGAAUCAUUCAGAAGAGAGGCAGACACAACUCUGCUGUUUCUUCGAUACAUCAGCUCAAUCACAAUAAUGGAAAACAGGGACAGUGUAUUGUAUAAAGUGACUAUAGAGGGAACUGAUGAUUCAAAAGACAAUUUCUCUGACUUACGCAAAUAUACAAGAGAUUGGUUAAAGUACGCAAAUUCAAAACCAGAAGAUUCCCAAAGUAUUGCAUACAAUGCCCUGGUAAUCACCAAGAAUGGAAAAGAGGAUUCAGCAAAGAAAGCAGUGUUCAAAAUUGUCAAUUUUUACCAAGGCACAAAGGAAAUGUCCCAAGGUCUCAAAGAAUUGUCAGAAGAUGGAGAUAAUGCACCAUUUGUUGGAGUAGCAUAUCCUCUACAGAUGGAGGAAUCAUUUAAUGCUCAUGUGUUCUGUUUUCUGCCUUUGCCUUUUCAGUCCAGUAGUUUGACCAAUCUGCCUGUACAUGUGAACGGGUUUUUUAACCUGGAUCCAGCACGAGAUCAUGUUUUACAUGCCACAGCAGGGCAGGUUGGAAAGAGAGAUAAAAACAUAGAAUGGAAUGAGCGACUGAUUAAAGAAGUAAUAUCUCAAGCGUAUAUAAAGCUGAUCGAGGAUCUUCUCAAGGAAGGUAGUCCACGAGAGAUUGUCUAUCGCUGUUUACCUGAUGUUCAGAAAGUUGAUAGUGCAUUGUGGAAACUCCUCCUUCAGCCUGUCAUGGAAAGUGUCCUACGAAUGAAUAUCUUCCAGACUGAGAAGCAGGAGAAAACUUGGGUUAGUUUUGAACAGGCUGUAUUUGAUGUUUUUGUUGACAGAGAAAGAGAAGUAGCAGAGAAAACAAAGGAUGUAGUGAUAGAAUUGAUCAAAGAGUACAGUGAAAACUUAGUCAUAUUGCCAAAGCAUUUGAGAAUUUUAGUGGAGUCACAUACAGAGUACAGAUUUCUACCUGAAAUCCAGCCAAAGGUUAUUAACACAGAAUAUGUAGCCAAUCUUUUGCUCAAAGAUCACAGAUAUAAAGAGAAGAAUAGAUCCACCAAAGUAGUACUUCUGGGUUACUUCUUAGAAUACGGUCAUCAAGAAGUAUGGAAACAACUGGAACUGUUGCCAACAAAUGACAAGACCCACUUUAUGUCUCUAAUAUCCAAAAGAACACUGUAUUUGUGCUCAGAAAGCGAAGCUGACUUAUUCCCAGAGUUAGAAAAACAAUUGCUGUCUGAUUUGAGAGAAGACAUGAAAGCCAAAUUGAUGACAAUUCAAAUUCAUACAAAGUUUUUAAAGAAAUGGAGUCCCAAAGAUUUUUCACAACUACUGAAAGCAUCUGUGGAAGCACAAGGAAUUGUGUCAUCCACUCAACUUGACAACACAAAUAGGCAAACUGUGUCAACUUGGAUCAAAAGAGUUUGGUCUUUUUUGUCUGAAAAUCAAGAUUUGAUCCCAAAAGUCGAAACACUUCCAAUUCUACCAGAACCAAGGAAUGGAAAAUCAGCUAUUCAAUGUUUGCAUUCUUUGAAGGGAGACCAUAUGCUUACACAGUCACAGGGCUUGACUCCACUUCCUGGUGAGGUGAAAGAAGUUCUGAAAAUUUGUGGUGUAAGAUUAUUGGAAGCAGUGUCAUUUGUCCCAGACGAAAUUGUGACAAAAUAUAUUGCAUAUCCAACAGCAGAAGAUGUUUGUAAUGUUUUGGAAAAAGCUUUUAAAAAAAAUGAAAGCUAUAUUGGUAAGAUCAAUCAACUACCAGUGAACACAAGGAAACAUUUGGCUGUAUUCUUGGGAAAAAGCAGCUUAAAGAAAAUGACAGAUUCCUUAAAGAUAUUUUUAAGGAGAUUGAAAUUAUUUCCAGUUCAUAAUUCACACAAAGCAGGUGCUGACCUUUAUUCAGUGAUGGAAGUUACAGACAUUGUCCCCCAAUCAUUGAAGAAUUUCCCAGUCAAAUACCCAACUCUGCUGAUUGAUGGAAGUUUUCAAGGUCUUUUUCUGGCCUAUUGUUUGGGGUGCUGGGAAUUAGAAGAACAAAGACUGAUGGAGAAGACCCUGUAUGCAAUUUCAAAUCAUGAAAUAUACCAACCAGAUGAAGUUGCUUUGUUUAUGAAUUAUUUUUUGAAGAGACUUGAUGAAUCUACUUCUGGAAAGCAGUUAGAAAUAGCUUCCAGUAUACCAUUUGUUGAAACUGGAAAUAGUGAAUUGAAAGCUCCAAAAGACUUAUUUAAUCCAUCUGAUGGUGAAUUGCGUGAACUUUUUCAAGGUGAGGAAAAAAGCCGUUUUCCCAACAAUUCUGUAGACUGUUGGAAGUUGCAAAAAUUGAAGAUGAAAACCUCAGCAGAUAUUACUGCAGAAGAUAUAUUGGAGACAGUCACAUUUAUGGAGGCAACUGAGGCAAAAUUAGACUGUGCCAAACGUAAAAGGAAGGCAAAUGCUGUCCUCAAGUUCAUUGGUAACCUGCAGCAUCAUUUUGAAUUUAACAAGUUCAUUGAGGAAGUGAAGCAAAAGUGUUGGAUGCCAGUGAUGAGAAAGAGACCAGGCAGAUAUCCGAAGCAAAUGGAUUGGAAGGGUGAAGAAAGGAAGGUAUGCAGACCCAUUGAUGCGUGCUCUCAAGAAAACAGCUCAGUUGUUGGCUCUGUAUGUUUUAUUUCUGAUUGUGAUCAAACCCAAGAGGUGUUACAGUGGUUACUACAGACCCCAAACACAGAUCUAGCUAUUCAACAGUUAAAACAUUUGUCAGAGAAGUACAAAGACUUAAAGCAACCUUUGGAGUAUGAAUGGAUGCUGAAAGAGUUGUUUGAUUUUCUGGCACCCAAGGCCAUAAACCCUGCUGAAUCGAAACAACUAGACAUUGUUCCAACUAAGUUAUCAUUCACAAAGAGCUCAAAUGUAUACAUAGAGUUUUUGAGUGAUACUUUCCAAAUACAAUUAGAGCCUUACAUGUAUCAACUGAGUGAAUGCUGGACAGUUAAGGCUGAAAUGAGAAACUUCUUUAUUCACAUAGGCUGCAAAGAGUGUUUGACCACUGAAGAUCUCAUACUGGUUCAGGAAAAGAUCAGAGACUACCACAACUGUAUUGAUAGCCCCCGAGAAAGCACUGAGAUCAUAAGAGAUUUGCAUAUUUUGAUUGAUAUCUUGAACAUUUCAAAAGAAAAUUGUGAAAAGUUGUCUCAAAAACAACUGUCUCGUAUCCUAUUUCCAGUUCAGACAAAAAUAGAGCAACUGGUUCUGAAACCAGCCCAAGAGUGUACCUACACAGAUGACAAACACAUCGAAUUUCUGGACUUAGAAGGAAAUGGCAAAGAAGAUGCAAAUGAGGAGCUUCACUUUGUACAUGAAAUGGUCAGGGAGUCUGUUGCCGAGUGCCUUGGUGUUUCAUCCUUGACACGCAGAGUUAUGGAGAGUGGAGGGAUUGAAGAUUUGGAAUUUGAACAAUGGGGGCAAGAAGAACCACUUACCACAAGGAUUAGAAAUCUUUUGGAGGAGUAUACUGAUGGACUUUCUGUGUUCAAGGAAAUGCUACAAAAUGCUGAUGAUGCAGGAGCAAGUUGUAUGAAGAUACUAUUUGAUGAAAGGCAGAAUGUACAGGCAAGAACUGGUUUGAUUGACAAAGGUAUGGAAGAGUGUCAGGGACCUGCCCUUUGGUUCUACAAUGAUGCUAAAUUUGAAGAUAAGGAUUUUCAGAAUAUCAUUAAACUUGGAGGUGGAACCAAAAAAUUGGAGAACACAAAGAUUGGAAAAUUUGGAUUAGGAUUCUGUUCUGUGUAUAACAUCACAGAUGUCCCUAGCAUCGUCAGUGGAAAGUACAUUGUUUUCUUUGAUCCAAGAACUAUACAUCUUGGAAAAGCUAUAAAGGACAAAUCAAAACCUGGUCUUCGCAUUCCCAUUUCAAAGGUGGUGAGCAAAUUCAAAAAGCAGUUCAUGCCUUAUAAUAAAAUUUUCAAUUGUGAUCUUUCAGCAGAGAGAAAUCAAGAGGAAUAUGAUGGCACUCUCUUCAGACUUCCAUUGCGUACAUCUACACAGGCCAAAGACGAAACCAACAGCAUAUCCUCAGAAGAGUACAGACAUGGAGAUGUUGUGUCUAUCAUUAAGAAAUUCAUGGAAUCUGCUGGCAAUCUGUUGCUGUUUACACAAAAUGUUGAGAAGAUUGAACUGUACUCUCUUCAGUCUGAUGACCCUGAAAGAUGUUGCCUGUUAUACUUGGUUGAAAGGAGUGGAGAAUUACAAUGUACAAACCUUCUUGAAAAGGCCAAAGCUUUAGUAACAGUGGGAGAAAAGAGAUAUGUGGAGACUUUUAAUAUUGGCAUCAAUGUACAAGUGAACAGCAGUGGUGUUGAAAAGUUCUUUGGAAGAGAUUAUGAACAUACCAUGACUGGAUCAGUUUCUAACUGGAUGGUGUCUUGGGCUGUAUCAGAUAUUGAACAAGAACUGAAGGGGUCACUUCCAGUAGCCAGUACAGCUAUUCCUCUCUCUUUCUCACUUGACAGAAAUCAAAGUAAUGCCCCUUAUGGAUUCUACAAUACUGGACAUGUGUUCUGCUUCCUUCCACUUCCACAAGAAAGCCAAACUUUAGCUCAUCUCAAUGGCUGUUUUGCAGUAGAACAGAGUAGAAAAAGAAUUGUGUCUCCAUCCAAAGAUGUAACCGAAAGAGAAAAGCGAGCAGAUUGGAACCAAUCAUUGAUGUCAACAGCACUGAGCACAGCAUACAUAAACAUGCUUGAAAACAUCCAAAGCUCCAAUGUAUCAGCAGAGUAUUCAGCAGUGUGGCCUGUAUCUUUUGAAGGAAAUCCCUUCAACCCUUUGGUAUCUGCAUUCUAUAAAGAUGUUUCGCAGAGUGAAUGCAAAGUAUUUUAUCAAGAUGGAAAUCCAUUUGAAAAGGUCUCUCUUGGUGAAUGUGUCUUUCUGGAUUUUACUUUGCAAGAUGAUCCAGAUGUGGGAAAAACUGCUUUCCAGUGUCUGAAGCAGUUUAAUCCUUUUGGAAGGCAAGUGAUGCACAUGCCUCUUGAUAUACAAAAUGAAUUUAAGGAGGCUGGCUGUGAGAGUUACUUGGACAAACAAAUCUGCAGUGAAGAGAAUUUUUUCACAUCUGUUUUCCUUGUAAAUCUUCAGGACAAAUUUUGGAACUCUGACAAAAGAAAAGAAGUACGCAGCUGUCUUCUGAGGCGCAUUCUCAAGAGUGGAAAUGGAAAAGUCCUAGAGAAAAUGAAAGAAAUUAAAUGCAUUCCAACAAAGCCAGAAGGAUUACUUAGAAAACCUUCGGAUUUAAUUGACCCAUCUUCAGAUUUGCAUGAAAUUUUCUGUGUUUCUGACAACAGAUUUCCUAAAGAUGAAUUCAUGUUGUCAGAUGUUGUCAAACAGGCCCUGGUGGACCUUGGAAUGAAUGCAAACCAUUUGCCUGAUGAAAUGCUUCUUGAAAGAGUGCAUAGCAUACAUGUUUGUGCACAGGAUGAUUCUGAUUUAGCAAGAAAGAGGUGCAUAGCAAUUCUGAAAUAUAUCAUACGAAUCAAUCCGUCACAAAGUGUACUUGAGAAAAUCAAGGGGAUUCCGUUUCUACCAGUGAUGAAAGAACCAAGUGAUUGGCCAUGCCAGUGGGGUUCCAGCCAAGACUGUCAAUUUGCAGCUCCUGACAAGUUGUUCAGGAUGAACUGUAAGUACUUGAUUGGAAACGUACAGAAAAUUUUGGACGAAAACAUCAUACAGGAAUCAGGGUAUGACUUAUUUAGAAAUCUUUCCAUGAAGUCUUCAGAAGAUGUGGAGCAAGACCUUGUAAUUUGCCAGCUUAAAACUGUUUCAGAAUUGGGACAUAAUGUACCAAGUUCAACAGAAAAUAAUUUGAGAAGAAUAUGUGAAGCUGUGUAUGAAUAUUUGAACAACUGUGUUUCAUUAGAAGACUUGAAAAGUUUCCAGACUUUGCCUUGUAUACUUACACAGUCCUGUGAGUUGGUGGAACCACGCCGUACUUCACUUUGCAUCACAGAUGAUGUUUCUCCUUAUAUUUACAAAAUUGAUAGUAAAUGGUCUGACUAUGAAAAUUUCUUGCUGAGUGUUGGUGUUCAUCAGUUUGUGGAAUCAGAUUUCAUUGUAAACAUUUUAGAAAGCAUUGAGAUGGUAGAAGGGGAAGCUGUGGAAAAUCUAAAUGCUGUUGUCAAACUGUUCAAUUUUUUAGAUGGCAGCAGACUUGUGAAAGAGUUCCUUCUGCCUGACCAGAAGGGAAUAAUGAGAAAACCAAAGGAUUUGUGUUUUGAGGAUGGAAAUGACAAAAUAAAUGACAGAAACCUAAUAUUCACUCAUGCAGAUCUAAGAAUUACAGUGUGCAAGAAAUUCAGUGUGCAGUCUAAAAGUGCAAAGUACAUCAGAAAAUUUUCCUCUGGUAUGCCCUUUGGACAAAAAGAAAAACUUGUCACGAGACUUCACAAUAUUUUGGAGGAUUAUCCGUGUGACAUAUCAAUACUAAAUGAACUUCUGCAAAAUGCUGAUGAUGCUGGAGCAACAGAAAUACACUUUGUGUAUGACAAACGAAACCAUCCUGAAGAGGGAUUAUUUGAUGAAUCCAUGAAAAGCAUUCAAGGACCAGCUCUUGUUGUCUUCAAUGAUUCUAGUUUCUCAGAAAAAGAUAUCGAGGGAAUAUCAAAACUUGGAGAGGGGAGUAAAUCUGAUGAUCCCAAUAAAACUGGCCAGUUUGGAAUAGGAUUUAAUGCUGUUUACCACAUCACUGAUGCUCCAUCAUUCUUGUCAAAAGGAGAGAAAACCCCAAAUGGUGGAACCUUGAUUAUGUUUGAUCCACAUUGCAGAUAUGUUCCAGAUGCAACUCCAGAAAGCCCUGGACUUAGAGUUGAUGAUCUCAGUUGUGUAAAAGAGACCUAUUCAGGAACCUACAAAACCUAUCUGCAGGAUAUUCUCCCAGCAUCUUCAGGAACCUGGUUCCGUUUCCCCCUACGCCCACAAGAAGUAGCAGACAAGUCAGAAAUCACAAAAGAAGAGGUCAAUGAUGAAAGAAUGUCUAAUAUUUUAGGGGCAUUUGAAAAGGAAAUGUCUAAAUCCCUGCUUUUCUUGAACAAUGUGAGAUGUAUUAAGUUGUCAGAGAUAGAAGAUGAACAGAUUUCAACUAGAUGUGAAGUAAGUGCUGCAUUUGUUCAUGAAAAGGAUUCUUCUGACAUGAGAUUAUUUCAGUCAAAAUGUAUGGAAGAGUUGCUGUCAUUGAAAAAGGGACAACAAAUUCUUGGUGAGCAGUGUGGAUUUUCUUGUAAUUAUUGCAUUGACGUCAAAGGGAAAGCUGAAGGCAGAAAAUGGAAUGAAACCUGGGCUGUAUCAAGAGUGUUUGGGACAAUGACAAAGAAUUCCUUGACAGAUGAGUUGAGAUUCGGUUACAAGACAAAGACAGUAAAUCUUUCACCAAGAGCUGGUAUUGCAGCAUGUUUGACACAAGAGUCUAUCAGUGAUUCCAUAGAGAUGGAAACAAGUGUUGUGGAAGUCUCCUGUGAAUGUGAUAGUGAUUCAGCAGAGUUGGCAACAAACUCACCAGAAAAUUUGGAGACCUUGAGGGCAUUUUGUUUUUUGCCUUUACAAUGUAGCACUGGCCUACCAGUCCAUAUCAAUGGACACUUUGCUCUGAAUUCAAGCAGAACAAAUAUUUGGAGAGAUGAUGGAAAAGACCAACACACUGUAAAAGGCUCAUGGAAUGAAUUGAUAUUAAGUGAAAUCUUACCAUUUGCAUAUAUCACCUCUUUGCAGUUCCUCAAGGAAAUCCUAUUUCCUGGGUUGCAGGGCAUUCAUGCUGACAAUAUUGAUGUGUACAACAGUUUUUUUCCAGUCAUUGACAGAAUAAAAGAUGAUAUAUGGAAAACAGUGGCCAAAGUGCUUUAUCAUAAAGUGGUCGUGUAUGACAUUGCUCUGUUUCCUGUCCUGUUAGAUGAUGAAACAAUUACAUCAAUGAGGGACACAGAUUUCAUUCUCGCCAGAGAAACUAUUACAGACCAGGGAAAAUCAGCAAUUGCUUUUGUGCCUCUAAAAAGCCAGGAGCAGAGAUUCCCUGCAUAUUUUAACCAGCUGGAAGAGCAGUUGACAAUUGAAACUAAAGAGCUUGCAGAUGGUAACAGGUAUGAGUCUGAGGAUUCCCACUUGGAGAAGAUCCAAAUGCUUAAAAAAAGAAGUGCAGAAAUUACAAAAAUCUUUAAGAUGCUUGGUCUUAAACUCCUGAAUUCAACAUAUGAGAUACUCCAAAGCAUUAAAAUGUCCAUUGCAUCUUGUGAAGACACUGGAUUUAUUCCUAAAGCAAUAGAAGCUCCUGAUGUGCUUCAGUAUUUGCUAUCAUGGAACAGUGACUAUAAAGACAAAUGUAGAAUAGACUCUGUAGAUGUGAACAUUCAAUCGUCAGUACUGAAAGAUGUGACAAAUGUUCAGACUUUGUUGUCUUAUUGCUUUAAAAAUGGAGAACACAUCAGUCACCUUGAGGGAAUUCCAUUAUGUGUUUUGGAAAGUGGGAUAUUGACCUGUUUUUCUGGGUCAUCACCAAAAAUAGUCUCUGAAUUUUGUCAUUUGCUGAAAGAUUCAAAGAAUGCCUUUUUGAAUAUUGCACUAGUUCCUGUUUUCGAAAAAAGGCUCCAAAAUAGUCCAUGUAUCCAGAGACUGACUAUAGCUCGCUUUGCAGAACUUUUGAAAGAUAAUAUCAAUGGUUACUACAAGAGUGAGGAUCCAGUGUCAUGGAAUCUUGGUGAUUUAGAAGAGCCAUGGAUUAAAGAGGUGUGGACAUUCCUUGCUUCAACAAACAACAGCAAAAAAGAGGUAGCCAAAGACUGCAUCCACUAUCUCUCUGAAUGGUGCCUAGUUCCCACUCAAAACAGAACAGGAGAAUAUUAUUUAUAUCCUUUCUGCUUGGCUGAUGCUGUUUUGAGUACCAACUUCGAAUGGAAAGAUGGAACAAUGUCACAAGUUAUGCCAAGCAUAGAUUUUCCAAGAUUACUGAAGCUAGAGUCAUUUAAAUGCAAGGGACUUGCAAAUUACAUAUGUGCUUCUGAGUCAACACCUCACAAUGUUCUGAGAUUGUUUCAGUAUCACAGAAGAAGGUAUUGUGAUUGCAUAUCCACAACCCUUGCAAGUCAAGUUUUAAAGUUUCUUUUGGCUAAGCUGCAUUCUGAAGUAAAGGAAAAAGAUGGGAAAAUUCUGGCUCACUUCCAAGACACUUGUUUAUUUGAAACUCUUGAUGGAUUGGUGACCAAUUUACCUUUAGAAAGGAAAACAAUUUGUUUGAAAGAUGAGGACAAUUUUCCACAAGAUAAUUUACCUAUGAUGUGUGAAUGUUUGGGAAUUACUCUCCUCAGAAGGAAAGAUUUCCUGGAAGAUUUUGGAAUUGAUUUUUUGAUACAGGAAGACUUCUAUGUCCAUAUUUUCCUACCCAAGGCAAAAUAUUUAGACAACCCUAUCAUCAGGACUCAUAUGGAACACAUCAAAAAUACAAAAAUGUAUUCAGGAGAGAGAUCAGAAAUGAUGAGAGACUUGAUUUGGGGCAUAGCAUGGAUAGAAAAUGAAGAAACAGGAGCACAUCAGAGAGUUUGCAACUUCUAUUCACCAUAUUUAGAGGUUUGUUAUCUUUUUUGCUCACAGACUGAUUUAUUACCUGCAGAGUUCCAUGAUUCAGAAUGGGAAGAUUUUAUGGAAUUUGCUGGGAUCAAGAAAGACGUACCAUUUGAGAUGUUGCUGGAAUUUGGUAGUCAGAUUGAAAACUCAACUAGCUUUGAUGAGCUUGUUAAAAGAAAGUCUAGGGUUCUUUUGAAUUACAUAUUCCAAGAAAAAAAACUAAAAUAUGAAUUUUCAGCUUUCAUGAGAAAGUUCAGGAAAAUUAAUUGUGUGCUUCCUUUUGAAAUCCCAGAAACACAUGCAGAAAUUCUACCUCAGUGUGGGAAUGAUAGAUUUGUUUGUUUUGAAGGAUCAGUAUUGUCAAAAGGAUGGGAACUUAUUUGGUCACAGUGCAUUGUUGUUCCUGAGAAAAUAGUUGGAAAAGUAGAUAAAGACAUUCUGGGGAUCAGAAAGGUUCCUAACGUCAAUGAUGUGAUUAAUCAUAUUCACAAACUUUGUGCUAAAUUAAAAACUGAUAAGUGCACAGAGAAAUCAUUGAAACUUGAAUUGAUGGAAUGUGUUUAUACAGAGUUAAACAGAUUGUUGUCCUCUUCUCCAAGACCAAAUUUUCUCAUACAGAAGCUGAAGACGGGACUUACUGAAACACCAUUCAUCUAUAAUAACUGUACAGAUGAAUUCGUCUGUCCAUAUGAAGUUGCUUUGCGUCUUGACACAAAAAAGUGUAUAGGGGGUUACCUCUAUAGUGGACCUGAAAGAUUUGGCAAAUUUUAUGAAAUGUUUAGACAGAUUGGUGUUGAGGAUCAUCCAGGAUUUUACCACUACUUGCGUUUGUUUAACUUGCUGUAUAGAAAAAUAUCUUCAAAGUCAAUGGCACCAGAAGAGAUUCAGAUUGCACAGAAAGCAUUCAAAGACUUGUUAAAGUGCCUAGAAGAUAAAAACCUUGAUUUCAGACAAAUCCCACAAGUAGUUGAUCUAUAUCUGCCUUCAGAGGAUAACAAGCUAGUGCUUUCAACAGAGCUCAUUUUGUGUGAUAGACCGUCUUUUAAAAAAAGAUUAGCUGGAGAAUCUACAGUCCAAUAUGUAAAGAUAGACUCGAUGCAAAAGACAGAUUUGCUCCAGAAACUACCAGAUCAAUUCAGACCCAAAUCACUAUCUGGACUUUUUCAUGAGGUCACUGAUAUAGGGGAUGAAUGUGAAGCUGAUGACCAUAUUUCAAGGCUGAGGAGAAUUUUCCAGUCUGAAGCUUUCGUGGAAGGAAUUAUCACCUACAUUCAGACAAAAAUAGAAGCAGGUGUGAACCAGCAACAAAAGAGCAGCAUUACAAGGUCCCUCCAGAAUGUUCGUUUUAAACAAGUUACUUCUCUGCAGACAGUCCUGGAAAACAAUGAAAAUCAAAUGCUGAUAGAUAAAACUCGUAGAGACAAACAAAUUUAUUACACAAAGACUGAUGGUGGAAUUGUGAUUUAUUUGAAAAUGAAUCCGCUUUGGACUUCCUUUCAACAGUGCUUUGAGGCAUGGAAAUCCAAACUUAGUCAGGUUGUCUGUCUGUGUGUGCCUAAGAGGAUGCUUGUAUAUCAGGAUGGAGAUUUCAUUACUGAACUCCUGCUUUGUGGUUCAGAUAUUGACAUUGUAGAGAUUUGUAAGAAACACCAAAUUCAAUUACAAUCGAAAAGUUGGUCACCUGCUCUGGGGUCACAUGUACCCAUUGAUCUCCAUGAUACACUGGAUAACACAUUUUGUGAUUUUCAAGAGGGAGAUAUUGUAGCAUAUGAAGUAUUUGACCCCCUUAUUGAUGUUGAUAGUGAGGAUAAUAUACUGGUGCUUGACUCCGAAUUUAUUUACGUUCGUGUAAUAAAAAAAGAUGAUGAUGCUGUGUUCCCUCAUUAUACUGUGUUUAAUGGUACAAAAGAAAUAUCAGUAAGCUCAAUUAAACUUUACAAAUUUGUUCGCAAGGCUGAGGAACAGACAACAGAGCUGGUACCAUUUAGUACUGACAGGAUUAAGAAGCAAAGCACAGGCCAUGCUCGGAUCCUUGCUGAUAUAAAAAGAAUGUUGAUCGCUGCAUGGAAGUUACCAAGAGCAGAGAGAAGGGCAAUCAUUAAAAGAUUGCUUCUGCAAUGGCAUCCAGAUAAAAAUCCAGGAAACACUGAUCUGGCGAAAGAAGUCACUCAGUUUAUUCUUGAUAUCAUUGGAAAGUUGGAACGAGGAGAAAUAGAAAAAGAAGACUACACAGCGGGAUACAGUGGGGGAGGAUCAUCUUAUCAUUACGGAACAUCUCAGAACGAGUGGCAUCGUUUUCAAGAAAAUGUAAACAGCUGUGGGAGUAGGCGGCAUCGGAACAGGAGACAUGGCGGGUUACCUGGUGGUUGGUACUAUAGCGGAUCUAUGUACACACGUCAGCCACCUGAUCCACAACCAGCUGUUGGUCUUCAGUGGUUGAGGCAGUCCAAGUAUGACUGUCGAGCAGCAAUUGAUGAACUCAGAACUGGUGAACAACAGGAUUCCAGUACUGUGAAAAUCUGGAACUGGGUGUGCUACAAAUCUCAUCAGUCUUGUGAGAAGGCACUGAAGGCUGUAUUGUAUGGUCAGGAUGCCAACAUUGCCAACCUCUAUAGGACUACCCAUGACUUGUCCUUGCUUGCCUCGGCUUCUCCCUCUCUUGCCUCAGCUCGUGACCCAGUGAAUGAGUUUGCUAGUAAUAUCACCAAUCUCCACACCACAAUGAGAUACCCUUCUGAUGGACAGUUACCUGGAGACAGGUUUACCAAGGUGCAAGUCGAGAAAGCUGUGAGCAUUGCCCAGAGAGUUAUUGAGGUAUGCGAGAACUGCUUAGUGUGUUGACCAAAAAAAACCAAGAGUUACUGAGGCAUGCAAGAACUGCUGAGUGUGAUGGCCCACAAUGAUCAUGUACUAAUUAACAUGAUGAAUCCUUUAAUUGUAGGGGAUACUGGUUCAUCAAAGUGUAAAUCUU